UUUUUUUUUUUACCAUUUCAUAACUUGGGUCAUUUCUCGAUGCCAUGAUUAUUGAUCAGUGGCUAUAUACUAAAGACGAACUUCUUGACACGCCGAGUAUCGCGGACGGAAUCACUUUUGAACAAGAACAAAUGGAUCGAACAAAAGGUUGUCAUUAUCUUUUAGCUGUAGCUGCUAGACUUAAUUUACCUCAACUUGUAGUGGUUACAGCAGCAACUUUUUUUCAUCGAUUCUUUAUGCGACAAUCGAUGAAACGCUUUCAUAUAUAUGAUAUGGCAGCAACAAGUCUAUUUGUUGCAACAAAAGUAGAGGAAAGUACGCGAAGGAUUAAAGAUUUUGUAAAUGCUUGUGCUCAAAAGGCAUCAAAGAAUGACAAAUUGAUACUUGAUGAAGAUUCAAAAGACUUUAUCAAGUGGAAGGAUACCAUGUUAUGCAACGAAGUCAUUCUACUGGAAACUUUAUGCUUUGAUUUAUCUAUACAACACCCUCAUACCUGUUUACUUGCUAUGGAAACUCAAUUAAAUAUUCCAGGAUCAAUGUUGAGAAAAGCAUGGAUGUUAUUAUAUCAAUGUUGUGGAUCUCCUUUAUGUGUAUUGUAUCAACCGAAUAUUGUCGCUGGAGCGGCAUUAUUAUUAGCUAGUCAUUUAUCCUCUGAACCCUUAGAAGAAAAUUGGUGGGAAUUAGCCAAUCUGGAUGGAUCGAUGAUUCAUGAAUUAGCUUCAGAUAUGUUAGGAUACUAUCUAGACCAUUAUAUCAAAAAAUCAUCAUCAUCGUCAUCAUCCUCGUCAUCAUCAUUUUUAUCAUCAUCACCUCGUCCCAUUCAUUCAAACAACCACCAUCACACCAAUAUCAGUCCAUCUUAGUGUAUAUUUUCGUAGUUAUAGAUAUUGUUAUUUAUUAUAUAGUCUUCUUUAUUUUUUUCCAAUCCUUUAAUCAAUAAAUUAUAAAUAUUAUUUUUAGGGCAUUAACUGCUGACAAACAAACUAACAAAUGAAUAAUCGAUUGUGAAAC